AUGGCGAGACAAGAGAUUGGUUACUAUGUGGAUAUAAGACCUUUUUUGUCUUCUACAGGCAGUAGUUUUUUGGUGAUGGCCAACACAGCAAGAACAACCCUCUUUCACCGCGGAUGGACAAACUUAUUUGGACAAUUUAAUGCAGCCUACAUCAACAUGAGAUUCGAUUUCUCAGAAGGCCAGCGUGCUUCCCCAUCAUGCCAUGACAUUCUAACCUUUAUUGUCCCUGUGAUCAUCGCCCUUCUACAGUUGAAGGACAAAACACCAUUUGACACCCACCCCAAAACCAUGUGUGUUGUCAGUACUAGUUUGCUCCUAUAUGGUGUCUUGUCAAUGCUAAGAUUUUCAAGUCCAACUUAUGCCAGUAUUGUUCACCAUGGUACUAGGUUGUUUGGUUUUUUGUUAUUGGCAUCUCUAACAUCAACUCUGUUCCCAGACCCAGUUAGCCUGGUCCUAUAUGCGAUGUUCAUCAUGCUUUCAGCAAGCGGAUUUGAGGAACCUGGAGGUGGUAGACCCAUGGCACAACGCUUUAUCAGUUCACAGAGGCACAGAGCACAUGCCUUUCCGAACGAGAGGAAUAGACUUCCUGUAUAA